GACGGGCGCUGCCGAGCCGAGCGGGGACGAGCCGGGCCCCAUGCGCCUGCCGGGCAUGUCCCAGCCCUUCCUGCUGGCUCCCAUCGCCGAGUGUUCCCCGGGGCCGCCCGGCACCGAGCUGCGGCUGGCAGUGCUGGGGGCCCGCGGCGUCGGCAAGAGCGCGUUGAUCGUGCGGUUCCUGACCAAGCGCUUCAUCGGGGACUACGAGCCCAACACGGGCAGCCUGUACUCUCGCCUGGUGCGGCUGGACGGGGAGCAGGUGGCCGUGCACAUCCAGGACACGCCGGGCUGCCUCCAGGUACAGGAGGACUGUGUGCAGGCACCGGAUGCGCUGUUGAGGUGCAUGAAGUGGGCAGAGGGCUUUCUUGUGGUCUACUCCAUCACGGACCCCGGCAGCUACCAGGCGGUCCGUCCCCUCCACCAGCACAUCCGUCAGCUCCACCCCGACGCCCGAAUCCCCAUCGUCGUGGUGGGGAACAAAGCGGACCUCCUCCACGCCAGGCAGGUGCAGGCCAAAGAGGGGCUGCAGUUGGCCAACGAACUGGGCAGCCUCUUCCUUGAGAUCUCCACCAGCGAGAGCUUGCAGGGCGUCUGCGAGGUGUUCCAGUACCUGUGCCGGGAGGUCAGCAAGCUGCAGCACGCCGAGCGCCGCCGCCCGACCGUCAUCCCGCGGCCGCGCUCCCCCAACAUGCAGGACCUGAAGAGACGCUUCAAGCAGGCGCUGUCGCCCAGAGUCAAAUAGAGCUGCUGCCGGGGCCUAGGGGGGGAUGCCACAGACUUUAUAUUUUUGUAAGCUAGUGAAUAAAUAAUAAAAAAAAUCUUUAUUUUUGUACUAAUGCCAACGGUAUGGAAGUAAGUAUGUUGGAGCGUGCGGUUUCCUUCUCGUUCUCUUUUGUUUGUGAUGGGUUAUUUUUAACAAAAAAAAAAUAAAAAAAAAAAAGGAAGAAGAAGAAAAAGAGAGAAAGUGCUGCAUAGCAACUGAAUGGAGAUGGUUGGAGAAGGGGAUUUGCAUUUGCCGGGAGGUUUGGUUCUGCUCUCUUGUGGGCUGGGGUUUGCUGCUGUACUCUGCUCAAGUGAGUUCUUUAGGCAUUGGUUUCCUGCUUGUAAAAUGGGCAUGGUGCUGAUGUAGCACUCAUAUAAAAUGCUCAGCCAGCCUUAGGAAAAA